AUGCAAGUACCGGCAGAAGCGGUAUUCACCCAACAACAACAACAACAGAAACGAGAGUCUAGUGUCUCCACUAAGGAUAGUGAAGAUAAUAUCUUUGCCAGUGCUUCUGUAACUUGGAUUGCAAAAGAGGGAAUGGAUGCAAGUAGUCUCACUGUAUUCGGCAAUCGAAGUAUUAUUGGUGUAACCACUCCAAUGACACCAACGAUCAGUUUCCGCACGAAUACUCUUUCUGAACUUUUCAUUGAUAUGACGGUGGUGUAUUUGGAGAGGCAAGAAGUAUUACCCUUUUCACGUUCACAGGCCAUUCCACGUGAAUUUCUCCCACCUCCAUUUAAUACCACGAUUGCCUUUCAAAACCCACUCUUUCCCAAUGCUGUGAUUUCACUAAAUACACUUUUAAUGCAUACAUCAUCCUUUACAGAAGCGGGAUUCACUGCGGGAGCUGCACAGACACCAGGACCCGUCAUGUCUCUUACAUCUUUUGUGGAAAGUACAUUGGCAAACAGCGGAACAAGUGGAUUGUGGGGAACUGCACAACCAGGACUCGCUAGUAGUUAUCAAUACUCACGAUUAAAUACGGCUCUCGUUACUUAUAUACUUGAAAAGGUAAUUUUGAAAUUAGAAGGUGUAGAAACUUCCUUGGCAACCUUUGUACAAAAUACAUUUAUUACGCCAAUGGGACUUAGAGGGACAUUUCUUGUGGAUACAACAGGCACAGCACCGGCUCCAAAUUAUCCACCAAAUAGUGUCUCCUUAUUAACUGCCAAUACUGUACAAGAUGUCACAAGUGAUGGAAAGGGAAUUCCCUCAUCUGUUAUUAUUCACGCCGCUUAUGCCUCAGAUUAUAUGUAUUAUACCACUGUAUUAGAUCUUGUGAAACUUGCCGGUGAAGUUUUUCUUGGUGGUCAAUUUGCAAGUCUUGGGCCAAUGCUUAAAAAUGAUACCAUCUCUCUCGUCAGUAGUAGUAGUAGUAGUACUGGUAAUAGUAAUAGUAAUCUACCAGGUGUGAUUUCACGUUCAGUGGGUGUAUAUGGCUUUGAUCCUAAACAACUCUGUCAGAUCACUUCACUAGGUGGUAUUUGUCAAUUUGAAAGUGAUAUAGACUUAUAUGGAUGGAUUGUUGGAGGUGAAUAUAAUCAAGUCGCCUUGCUCUGCACAGCGGAAAAGUGUGCAGCGGCGGAGGUAAGUUUUCCCUCCUCCACUGUUACUUCCUAUUCUCGUCUUGUAGAACUCGCCCUUUCCUCAUUGGUAGAGGUAAAGGAAAAUCCAAAACUAGAAGGGGGAGAAUUAUAUCCUCUGUAUGUAUUCAUUGGAGUGUUGUCUACUAUUAUUGUGGUAGUGGUGGUCAGUUACAUUGCGGAUUAUGUAAUUCGACCAGCACCAGCAGCCGCACCGCUGCCUGUUAAUAAAGUGGCGUUGCCAACCAACACCGCAGCCGCAGGAGGUGCAGCGACCACUACAAUGGAUACUGUAGAGAUGAAUAAUAUUAAUAAUAAUAAUAAUAUGCAAGGGGUUUCUUCACCCGUUAGACGUCUGGAUAUGUACGACUAG